AUGGAAACACCAUCGUUAUAUCAUCGAGCUCUUUCCGAAGUGACAAAAACUGAAAAAUAUCAAAAAAAAUACGACUAUUUAUACAAUGUAGCACUAGCUUGCCUGUGGUCUAUGGCAUUUAACAAUAUAAUUCUGGCCCUGACGAUUAUUCCCUAUACUUGUGAGAUACCAGACGCUCCUAAGAAUGUGAACAGAGAAGAUUGGAAGGAAAUGUGGGUUCCGAAGAAUCAGUUAGGCGGCAAUAUGACAAUAUUCAGCAAUUGUUUAAUUUAUGACGAAAAUAACAACAUCACAGAUUGCCAACGUUACCGAUACGAUAAUACUUGGUACAAAAGUACGAUUCCUUCAGAGAACAAUUGGGUGUGCGAAAAAGAAUAUUAUGUAAUAAACAUUUUAUCACACAACAAGAUUUCUGAAACUGUUGGAUCACUUAUCUUUGGUUGGUUUGGUGAUGCGUAUGGACGACGGUUAACGUACAUGAUUUCCUUGUUAUUACUCGUGAUUGGAAGAACGAUAUCAAUAAUAUUCAGUCAUUCUGUUGUCAUAUUUAGUAUAGGAUGUUUAAUAGCCGCUUUCCCAGCCACUUCUGCCUUACAAUGCACAUCUUCGAUUUCAAUGGAGAUUUCAUCUCCUAAAAGAAGAUCGAGUAUCGCUAAAUUACGAUUUAUUGCUUCAAGUGUUGGUUUGUGCCUGAUGCCCCUAUUAUAUUGGUGGAUAAGAGAAUGGAAAUUAUUUAUGAUUACGACGACAGUCACGCAAUUGCCAUAUUUACUGUGGUCUUGGAAGAUGAUCGAAUCUCCGCAAUGGUUGUGGAUAAAUCAAAGAAACAAAGAGUGUGAGAACAUUUUAGAGCAAAUAGCGAAAGACAAUCGCACUGCGUUGAGCAGCCAAACAAAACAAUUGAUCUCAGCAUCGCACGAAGAACACACCGAAAAACAAUUUGGAUUCCUUCUUCUUUUUUCCAACAAGGAAUUAGCCCUUGUUACGAUUUUACAGCUUUUUAUAUGGGUAUCAGUCACAUUAAGUUACACCGUCAGCUUUUUAAGUUCAGGAGAAAGCUCACAAACAAAUCCUUUUUUAGAUUUUGCUUUUCAGUCACUUGCUGAAAUACCAGGGCACUUUUCAGGAGCUUGGUUAGCCGAUAAUAUAGGUCGUCGGUAUACCUGUGUGGUUUCAUUUGGUGUGUCGUCUGUUGCAUGGGUCAUAAUUGGUUUCAAAGAUUUUGUCAUGUGGCCAGAUGUCGAAUGGAUUUGGAUAUUCGUACAGGUUUUAAAUAGAUACUCUAUAACUAUAUCUUACUACAUUAUCAAUCUACUUAAUAUGGAAAUUUAUCCUACUGCCAUGCGUCAGUCUGGAAUGGCUUUGGGCAAUUUGAUUUCUGGAAUAGCGGCAGCGAUUGCUCCCUAUGUACUUUUAUUGGGACAUAAACACGGAUCCUUUUGGUCUUCAGCCAUCCUAAGCCUGUUCUCAAUAAUAGGAUUGAUGUCAGGCUUAGGCCUACCAGAGACAGUAGCUCGCAGGAGACAUCCAAUUUGA